GAGGAUUACUACUAAUGAUCCCGACUCGGACAGCUUCCUCGUCGGGUCGCUCGUCUUUGGACGCGUUCUCUUCGUCGUGCUCAUCAUGCAUACGCUCUGGAUGCCAGUAAAUGUCGCCCUACUCUUUCGCCGCGUCGUGAACGUCGUCUCUUCGCUGUCGAUCUCCCAACAGUAUCUGCUUCCGCGUCUGCAGCUUGGGGCUGAUGGCACGAACUCGGCCGAAGAUCGUCUGAAGCCAUGGGAGGGGUUUAGAGCCAUACAAUGGCCAUCGUGGGCCAAUACUCAUCGGAAUCUUUCGUCGUCUGCAAGGUUGCGGUCAAACGGAGAUGUCGAACAAGGACGGGGACACUCGGAGGCGGCAGAAGUAGACCGCGAGACACCAGAACACGUCCCGCGACGAAAGAGACCGCCGGAGGACACAAUCCAUCAACUUAUUAACAGUCCUGUGCUAUAUGACCCUGUCAGAAAGCCAAGGAACCCGAUUGCUCUCUGUCAUGGUCUGUACGGCUUUGACGUGCGAGGACCCUCUGCGUUUCCUAUCCUUCAAAUGCACUAUUGGUCGAAUGUUCUGAGCAUAGUGAGAGAUAAGCUGGGCGCUGAAGUGAUUGUGACUUCCGUGCCAAGUACCGGAUCGGUAGCUUCGCGAGCUGAGAGCUUGGAUCGCUUCCUACGAGAGAAGGCACCUGGCAGAGGAAUCAAUCUCAUGGCACACUCCAUGGGCGGACUGGACUGCCGACAUCUCAUCUCCAACAUCCGGCCGACAGACCCGUUCAUGGACUGGUGCAGGGAGAACAUAGGGAUAGGACGUCUCCGCCAGAAGGAACAAGCUGUAGAAGCGGGGAGGCGUCUAGCAGAAGACGACGCGCGAAGCCGGUCAACCCCCACCUCCCAUGACGUCCAGCCCUCCACCUCCCCGCCCUCCCCCAAAUCCUCCCUCUCUCUCGCCUCGCUCCCCUCCUCAUUCACGACCCUCCUCCUCUCCGUGCUCGACUCGCCCGCCUACGCGAACCUCACUUCGACCUACCUCAACUCGACCUUCAACCUCACGACGCCGGACCACCCGUCCGUGAAGUACUUCAGCGUCGCGGGCCGCAUCGCAAACAUGAGCGUCUGGCACCCGCUCUGGCUGCCCAAGAUGCGCGAGCGCCUGCGCAAGGAGGGCAACCCGCUCUGGCAGCGGGACGAGGAGUGGGGCAGCGACGGACUCGUGACGGUGCAGAGCGCGCGGUGGGGCGAGUUCCUGGGUGUGCUAGAGGGCUGCGACCACUGGGAUCUCCGCGGUGCGAGGGGGCUCGAGGUGGACUUGCCAUCAAUAUCCGUGCCUAGGCUGAACAUCGAGCUGGGCGGAGGGAGGUCAAGCGAUGAUAGCCGCAGAGACGGGGACGGAUGGAGUAUCGCAGAUUGGGGUAAGUUUGUGAGGGCGUGGAAGAAGGAGGAACGGGACGCAGCAAAGAGCGUGGGGCGAGGGAUCAGCGAGCAGCAGAAGUCGAGGGAAACAGAGCGCAGGAACAUGAGAGGGGAAACCGCCGAGGAGAAAGCGCAUGCAGACGAGGUGGUCAAAUCGUCCACGGACAAGGUAUCGGCCGUGUUCGAUUGGCUGGUCGAGCAAGUCCCGUCACCGAAGACCAUCGCUGCGCUGGCACCGACAUCGAGGUCCUCGCGUGACGGAGGUACACCCCCAAAGUCCAGUAACCCAAGCCGGGAGACAAGCAGGAAGCAGGCGGAGCGGAAUGAGUUAGCCACGAAGAUGGACCUGGAACGUUUCUACGUCGCGCUCUGCAGGAAGUUGUAUGACGAAGGCCUUUGA